AUGAAGUUUCUGCUCUUUCUCGCACUCGUGGCCGUUGCCACCGCCAGCGACUUUUCAAGCUUCUCUUAUGGUGUUGCUGACCCUUACACCGGUGACUAUAAGAGUCAGAUUGAAAGUCGUGCCGGAGACAAUGUGCAGGGCCAGUACUCACUCCUCGAACCCGACGGCACACGCAGGACUGUUGACUACUCAGCCGGUGCCGAAGGCUUUAACGCUGCCGUAAGGAAGGACCCUGGUCUCAUCCCCGCCGCUCCUAUCGCAUAUGGCAUUCCUUAUGGGUACUCAAACUUGGGCUUUUACCCAGGAUUUGGAUAUGCUGCACCGUUCACUUACAAUCGCCUCCUCUGA